GGCAAGUAUUAGCUACACAGGCGGGCGCAGUGCCUACUCGCAGAAAGUGCCACGACUCCAAAAGUCAGCGGCGAUUUAUAAUCAUUGAAUCAUUUGACCGCAGGAUUAGGAGGGACGAGACUGAGCAAAGAUGGAUGUAUACGACCCUCAAACUCUUGGAAUCAUGGUGUUUGGUGGCUUCAUGGUCUUCUCUGCCAUUGGCAUCACACUCGUCUCCACUUUUUCCAUGAAGGAGACAUCUUACGAAGAAGCCCUGGCCAAACAACAACAAGAGUCAGGCAAGACCCCAACCCAACGUUCUGACAAGAAGAAAAAGGCAUCUGAGAAGAAAAACAAGGCCAGAAAGAAGGAGGACAAACCCAAUGGAAAACUUCCAGAAUCUGAGCCUGAGUCCUACCCUGAAACUGAACCUGAACCUGUUGUCAAAAUCAGUGAAUCUGGACCAGCACCCCAAGUAGAACCAGAAACCCAACCAGAAUCUGUGACCAAUCCCAAGUCUGAAGUUACACCCAAGCAACCUGUACCUGAACCAUUUCUAGUUCCUGAGGUUGCUAAGUGCACUUCCCCACCCGAUGUAUGUGCCGUAGUGGCCCCAUCUGCUCCUUCCCCAAAGAAGAAGAAGAAGAAGGUAGCCAAGGUGCAACCAGCCCCUGCCAAGCCAGUAGAGAUCCCAGAGGUUGUAGUUAAAGAGGAACCAGUGGUCGCCAAGGUGGCUGUGAAAGCAGAGGUCGCUCCCGAUGUAGUUGCUCCUCCUCAGGCUGAAGAACCCAAGCUAGAACCCAAACCUGAAGUUCCAACCAAGAAAAAGUCCAAGAAGAAGGCUGACCCAGUGGUAACUGUAGAGAUGGUCGAUGUCCCCCUGCUGUCACCAUUUAAAACCUUGGUCACCAGUCUGAACAAUUCAUCAUUUAAUGAAUCAGAGAUGCAGAAACUCUUGGAGAUCAUCAGCAAGAAGGCAGGAAAAGACUCCUGGCAAUUGGCAUCUCAGAAGGGAGACCCACUGGCAUCAUUGAAGAAACAGCUUGAGGACAAGGAAAAGCAGUUGACUGCUGAGCAGGACAACAUAGCUGCAGCCAAGACACGUGUCCGUGAGCUUACCAAGGAGCUGAGUUCUGCAAAGAGCAAGAUGACAUCUGUUGAGACCCGUAUGAGCUCUGAGCUAAAUGCCCGUGGGCAGGAGAUCGCUGCUCUACAGGCUCGUAUGCAGGCAUCCUACCAGGAGCACGUCCUUGAGACACAGCAACUCAACAGCAAGAUCCAAAGCCUGCAAGAGCAAUUUGAGAAUGGACCAAAUGCUCAACUAGCCCGUCUGCAGCAGGAGAACUCCAUUCUCAGAGAUGCCCUCAACCAAGCCACCAGCCAGGCGGAGAGCAGGCAGAAUGCAGAGUUGGCAAAGAUGCGUCAGGACUGUGUGCAUCUCAACCAAGAGCUGAAAGAGUGCAAAGUUGCUCAGCAUGCAGAUGAAGACCGCAGGAAAGCUCUGGAAACCAAGAUUGCAGCAGCAGAAGAAGAGCUAGCACAAACAAAAGCAAACCGUGUGGAGGCUGAGCAGGUUCUGCAGCAGAAGUUGGAUAAAGUCAGUGAUGAGCUCCGUCAGGCUCAGGAUAACAGCACCACCCUACAUGCUCAACUAGACGGAGCAAAAGAGCAAACAAAGACCCUUACUGAGCUCCAGGAGCGUAUGCGAGUCACAGAGGCAGAUCUGAAGGACAGAUGUGAAGAACUGGAGCUGCUGAGAGCACAGCUGUCUCAAACAACAAAGGGCGCUGUGGAAACAGAAGCCCCUGAGACUCAGAGGGACAAUUCAGAGGAGGUUGAACAAUUGAAAACCAGUCUGAAAGAGAGGGAGGAUCAGCAGACAACACUUCAGGCGGAGCUUACGCAGCUGAGGGAGGAGCUUGACACAGUAAAGAAGGCUCAAUCUGAGGCAGCUCAGAAUAGGAAAAAUGAGGCAGAGACAGAGAGGAGAGAAUACACAGCUGAGAUCGAACAGCUGAAAACUAGUCUGAAAGAAAAGGAGGAUUUGGUGGCAUCCACGCAGGCUCAAAUGGAGCAGAUGGAAAGUACAGAAACGGUUGAAUCCGAGCCACCGUUUGAGAAUUUGGAAAAGGAUGCUCGCAUGAUCUCACUGGAGGAGGAGCUUCAGCAGCUAAAAGAAGAAAUGGAGCGAAUGAAGAAUAAGAGCAAUGAACUGCAGGAAAAGAACUACACAACGGUUGAGGCUCUGGCUGCUGCUGAGAGGCUGAGUGAAGAGAGACUGAGCCAGGCCAGGGCUGCACAGAGUGAGGUAGAGCAGAAACUGAGUUCUUUCCAGACAGAAGCCAGAAAUGCCCUCCAGACACUCUUUCCUCACAUCACCAUUGAAACACAUCAGAAUAACUGGCUGGAAGCAUUCACACAUGAAGCACUGGUGAGCCUCACACACAGUCAAAAGUGUCCAACAGAAGAGCAGACAGAAACAUCAAGCACAGAACUGAUGGAACUGCAACAUAAGCUCGCCCAAUCAGAGGAGAGUCAGAGGUCACUGCAUGCUGAGUGUGAGCAGUACAGAUCCACUCUCAGUAAAACGGAGAGCGUGCUGCAAGUUCUGCAGAAGAGUGUGGAGGACGGGGAGCUCAUGAGGAAUUCAAAGAGCUCAGAUGCAGAAGAGCAGAAGCAGGCAGCCCUGGAUCAGGUGACAGUGCUAAAGGAGACUAUAGAGAUGAUGAAAGUGGAGAGACAGGAUACAGAUCAGCUGAAGGGUCAGGUGAUGCUGCUGGAGGCACAGCUGGAGAAACAGCUGGAGUCCAUAACCAUCAGCCAGACUUAUGCAGAAGAAAUGUCUCAGAUGAAGGCAUUGUUAUCAGAAACUCAGAGCCAGCUGGAAUUAUCCAAAGCAGAGGCCCAGAAACAGAAAGCAGAAUUUUUAUUGGUGCAGACGCAGCUGGAGGAGGCAACAAAUAAACUGCAGACAAAAGAGGACAUUAGGCAGCAGCUAGUGAAUGACUAUGAACAGGCACAGAAGUGUGUGCGGGAUCUAGAGGUCCAGUUAGAACAGUUAAAAGCUGUAGAAGAGGGAGCAACUGAAGAACUAAAGGAGAGACUGGAGAAAGAGAGUAAACUGACACAAGAUCUUGGCCAGGCAGCCACUAAACUGCAGCAGCUCCCGAUGAACACUCAGGAAGAGCUGACCAAAGAGAAAGAGACAGUGAUGAGCCUACAAGAACAGCAUCAGGACAAGGAAAUUGAAGAGAUAAAAGAAGGGACGUCUGUGUGACCGAACUAAAACAAAAACAACAACAACAACAAAUUCCUUAUGCAUUAUUUGCUUUGUAUUCUCUCCUGUAGCAAAUAUAAGAAAUCUGAGAAGUGUAAAGGGAGGGGGCAUUUUUUUUGUUUGUUUUUACUUUGUUGAGCUAUUAUUAGGUGACUGAAAAGUUCCCACAAAACCGUAUUCAGUGUUAAAGAAAAGGGAGAAGUCUUUGUGUUAAAGAUACAUGAUGACUUGUGCAAUCAUUCAUUUUUUUUAAUCUUUUGUAUGUUCUCAUUGGUGACAAAAAAAGGAAUGUUUCAUGGUGCAGCAAUGCAAUACAAGCCUUAUAUUUUGCAGUUGUCUGCUGAAAUUAUGAUAAAAUGAUAAUAAAAAUCAGUAU